AUGACAGUCGCCACGCGUCCGCGCUCCCCCACGCCGCCGACGCCGCGCUUCGAAAACUUCCGCCCGAUGCGCUACCAGACCAAAGAAGAGCUGGACCGGUUCUUCGGCACGACCGGGGCCCAACGGCGCGAGCAGCGCCUGCGUGUGCGCGAGUCCGACGGGCAGGUGUACUUCGACUGGAUCGAAAAGGACGAGUGGCAGCACCUGCUCGCCACCGGUUCGCUGACCAGCCCCUCUUCGCCCGAGGCCGAAGCCAAAAUGGACCGGAGGCGGAGCAGCGGCAUGACGUGUCUGACGCUGGCGUCGCCGCUGGCAGAGGCGUGUGUUGUGGGCAGCAGCCAGGCAAGGAGGGCAAGUUCGGCGCGAGGGGUCAGUCCGUUGAGCGGGCGGUUUGAGAGGGUGCAGAUUGGGAUUGAGAAGGGGGCCGAGGGCGAGGGCGAAGGCGAGGAGAGAAGGGGCAGGAAGCGUAGCAAUAGUGUGCUCGCAGCCAGGAGCGCGAGGGUGUACGACCGCGUGUUGCUGGAUAGCCUCGACGCCGGAGACGGUGCUACGUGGACAGGGGCUGCGGGUUUCAAGCGUCGACAGAGCGCCGGCUUCGCGUACAGCCCGCGCACCAGCUUCUGUAGCGCCAACGACGACACGGACCGAAUCCGGAUCGCGCGCCUGCCCCUCAGCCGCCGCAGACUCGAUCAAGAAUCGCUCGACCAAGCCUUUAGCCCUGCCCGCUCGCACAAGCCGCCCACACUUCAGAUUCCGGACAUCAUCCAAGGCCGCACCUCGCUCGACCUCGACGACCUCGACGACGACGCUGCUUCCGGGACCACGUGCCCCGCUGACUCGACGUCGCUGCUCCACGCACCUACAUUCGACGGCAGCACCAGCGGCACGCGCCGCGGAACGUUCGGGUCGUUCCUGCCCCCGUGCCUACCGCCCAGGCACCUCACGCCACCUCCGUCUUCGGCAAUGGAGUUCCUCGUGUCUCCUACUCCUACUGACUUGUUUGCUGAACAACAGCGUCAGCCUGCAAUUUUGCAGCAGCAGCCGCGCCUCCUCCGACACGCAACGACGUUCGAGACGCCCAAAUCUUCUGGCGCGCCGUGGGGAGUACGUCAGCGCUGGCACUCUGCAGAAGCGCCAUUAGGGUCCGCGGCACCACCCUCAGGAGGUGGAAAGAAGGAAGAGAGACGGCCAGGUGUGCGCAAUCAGGCUGCCACUUGGCGCGGUGCUGCGGUGGCGGCCGAGGUCGAGAUGAACACGAAGAGACGCGUCUCGACCUCGUCGGACGGCUCUUCGGCGUCAGAGACGUGUUAUACCCCCUUGGCGCCGAGAGUGGGCGCCAAGCGGUUUGACAAGACGCGCAUGCUGCACCUCGUCGACCCUACUGCGCCGUCUCCCGUGCUUUCGCGCAGUGACACUGUGCCGAUGCGCGAACCAGUGCAGCUCCCUACUGCCACCGCCACCAUGCGUGGCAGCACAAGCGGCGGCCUGCGCACGGGUGCCGAAGUGUAUUUGGGCAUCGACAUCCCCUGCGCGAGCAUACAUCUGCAUUCGGACCCGGAGGACAACGUCGAGCCGGCACUCGCGCUCUCGCUGUCCGCGCGCGAGCUGCGCAGGCUCAAGAAGAAACCCCUCUCCCUCUCCACCCCGCACGCGCCCACCGACAGCGCCGAGGCCGCGGAGCGUGGUCGUCCGUCAGUAGCUGCGUCAGCGACAGCCGCGCAUGUCAAGGGCAGCUCCAAGUGGUGGAGCCAUAUCUUGCACGCUUAG